UGUGCGGGAGGUUAUAAAAAGACGGGUGGAGGCGUCCUCCCUUCGUCCCGCCGCAGAGCUGCUGAGAGUUCGGGGUGGUGCUCGGUCCGCUGCGAGACGCCAUGUCUGGCCGAGGCAAAAGUGGCGGUAAGGCCCGAGCGAAGGCCAAAUCUCGUUCUUCUCGGGCCGGGCUGCAGUUCCCCGUCGGGCGUGUUCACCGGCUGCUACGGCGCGGACAUUACGCGGAGCGGGUGGGCGCUGGCGCACCCGUUUAUCUGGCGGCCGUGCUGGAGUACCUGACGGCCGAGAUUCUAGAGCUGGCGGGCAACGCAGCCCGCGACAACAAGAAGACGCGCAUCAUCCCCCGCCACCUGCAGCUGGCGGUGCGCAACGACGAGGAGCUCAACAAGCUGCUGGGCGGUGUCACCAUCGCGCAGGGCGGCGUCCUGCCCAACAUCCAGGCCGUGCUGCUGCCCAAGAAGACGGGUGGGAGCGCUGCGAGCCCUGCCAAGGCCGGCAAGAAAGGCAGCGGGCAGCAGUCGCAGGAGUACUAGGCCGGGCUCCUUCCCUUCCUCCCCCCUCCUCCCCCCAAGCACCACACAAAGGCCCUUUUCAGGGCCACUCCAAUGCUCACUGGGAGAGCUGCGAUCCGCGGGAGGGGAGAGGCGGGGGCUGCAUCCAAAUACCGGCGCAGGGCCCAAGGCACUGCAGCUCCACGCCCGGAGGCCAACUACGAGGAGCAAGCGCUAGGCCGCGCUGCGGAGCAGGCAGGAAGCACCAGCAGCCGGCAUUGGCUGCUCGAGUUCAGUUACAGAAACUGUAAAUAGGUGACGUUCUUUGAACAGACUUACUCUUGGGUGCUUAUAAUGUGACUGUUUCUCUGCUGUUAAAUUCAGCAGAUGUUGCACAGAAAAUAAACAAUGCUUCAUCUCCAA